CCGAGUCCACCCGAGAAUGUGACGGUGGGACGAGUGGGCGACUCUGACGCCGAGUUGCGAUGGACGCCGCCACGGCGCCCCAACGGCGUCCUCGACGGCUACCGCGUCUACUUCCUCUCGCUCCACGGCGCCAACAACUUCACGGACGUCCGAACCGUCGCCGUUUCAUCCCCGUCCACGUCUUCGUCUUCCUCUUCUUCUUCUUCUUCUUCGUCUUCUUCUUCUUCUGACGUCGUCACCUUCCUCCUCACCAAUCUCAAGCCGUACAGUCGGUACGAGGUGUGGGUGAAGGCCUUCACGCGGAACCACGAGGGCCAGGCGUCGGCCCCCCUGGCCGUGCACACGGAUGUAGGUGGGCCAGGUCCGCCGGUGCUGGCCAACGCGUCCUGCGUGCCGCCGAGAGCUUCUUGGACGUCUUCGUCGUCGUCUUCUUCUUCUUCGAGUUUGGGAGAAAAGGUGUUGCGUCCAACUGUCCUUUUGGCAGCUGUGGUGACUUGUGGAGGCCUUGCUGUGCUUUUGGCCACAUGUGGCCUCCUGCUUUGGAGGAAAAACGUGGCAGCAGCACACGGUUCACCAGCACCCGCAAAUGGCGGUGGGAAGGAGAAUGUGGUGGCAGCAGCCAUGACGCAUGAGGACAGCAAUGACGACAGCGCCGACUGGCGGGCGAUUCCAGCAGCACUGUUCCCCGCGCAUGUGGCCCGCAUGCAUGCCGACUGUGACGCAGGCUUUUGCACAGAAUUUGCAGCAUUGCAGGAUGCUGCUGCCGAUGCUGCUGUUGCUGAUGGCACCACCUACAACCUGGCCCAGAGGCCUGCCAAUAGGGACAGGAAUAGAUACCACAACAUCUUGCCAUAUGACCACAGCAUAGUUGCCCUGUCAUCCUCAACCUCAUCAUCCCCCAGCCACAACAGUGGGGACUACAUCAAUGCCAACUUUGUUGACGGCUGGUGCCGUCAGAGGGCGUACAUUGCCACCCAGGGCCCCCUUAAAAACACCACUGCGUCCUUUUGGCGCAUGCUGUGGCAACACAGGGUGUCCACCGUGGUCAUGAUCACCAACCUGGUGGAGCAAGGCAGGAGCAAGUGUGAACAGUACUGGCCAUCAUCUGGAGAAGAGGUGUAUGGCAAUGUCCUGGUCAGGGCCGUGGUUGAAGUCCAAAGGGCCACCUACACUCUUCGCAAGUUUCUCAUCAAGAAGCUCAAGGCGAGCAAGAUGAGCAAAUGUGGAUCUGGAGGAAAAUCCAGAGAGGUUUUGCAGUGGCACUUUACUGCCUGGCCUGAUCAUGCCACCCCACCUUCCCCAGCUGCCUUGUUGCACUUUGUGCGACGGUCUUCAAGGAGCAACUUUCCCCAGGGGGCCAGUGGGCCAGCUGGACCAAUUGUCGUCCACUGCAGUGCCGGUGUGGGACGUACGGGGGCUUACAUGGCAGUGCACACCCUGCUGGGCCAGCUGGAGGCCACGCGGAAAGUGGGGGCAGCGGGGGUGCUGCAGCGGAUGCGGAAGCAGCGAGCCUGGCUGGUGCAGACCCCGGAACAGUACGCCUUCAUUCACGACUCUGUGUUGACUGCCUGUUUGGCUGGGGACACAGACAUGCCUGCUGCCACCACUGCCCAGGUGGCCAGCCACAUCAACUCCCCGCAGAUGCAGCACUUGAUAGUCAAUCAGUGGAAACUGCUGAGCAACAUGAGCAGCAGCAGCAGCAGCAGCAAGGCUUCAGAUCAGUGCUGGAUCCCAUCAAUGCAGCAGCCCGUUGAGAGCGAGCAUCAUCAGCAGGGUGGCAGCACGUCGUCGUCGUCGUCGUCUUGGGCCCUUCACGUUGUGAAGGGACGACUCACGUCGUCCCACUCUGAGCAGCCCCCGGUCGUGGUCGUGGUCCCCCUACUACUGAUACACAGCAGCCACGAGUUUGUAGUUACCCAACACCCGCUGCCACACACCAUUGGCGCCUUUUGGAGACUGGUGUGGCAACACAGGGUGCCUGUUGUGAUUGUGCUGUCUAGCACGGAUUACCAAAGAUACCCUUGUUUCUGGCCAGAAACGGCAUCAGAGAGCCUGCAUGUAGAUGGUCUCCAGGUGAGACUGGAGGCUGAUGACAGGACUGCAGCUGGGUGUCCAGAAAUGCGGAUGAGAGUCACACUGGAUGAUGAUGAUGAUGAUGAUGAUGAGCAGCAGCAGCAGCAGCAGCAACAGGGACACGUGGUGGCCCUGUUGCUGGCCCCGGGUUGGCCUCGUGCCCGCCAACAGCCGCCACCAGCAUGGUUCAGCAGCAGCCACGAGUUUGUAGUUACCCAACACCCGCUGCCACACACCAUUGGCGCCUUUUGGAGACUGGUGUGGCAACACAGGGUGCCUGUUGUGAUUGUGCUGUCUAGCACGGAUUACCAAUGUGACCUACUACUACUACUACUACUACUACUCGUCGUCGUCGUCGUCGUCGUUGUCCCUGACGUGGUGGCCCUGUUGCUGGCCCCGGGUUGGCCUCGUGCCCGCCAACAGCCGCCACCAGCAUGUUUGCAGCUGGUCAAGGAUUUGCUGCAACUGCGCGAAUCGCUGCCACCGGGACGCCAAAAGCCCUGGGCUGUGGUUGACAAGGCUGGAGGAGUGGAGGCGACAACUCUGUGCUGCCUGAUGGCCCUGUGCGAGCAGAUGCAGACUGACAAGCGCCUGGACGUGUUUCUGCAGGCGUCUUUGUGCCAACAGGCCAGGCCCAAUGUGUGGAGGAAGCAGGAGGGCUUCCUGUUUUUGUACAUCCGGGACUGUCCUGACCUGAACCGGGAGCCAUUGACUGCUGGUGCUGUGCUGCACACUGGUUACCCUGCAGCCAUGCUGGACCCCAGCAUCAACUACCACCAGCAGCAGCAGCAACAACAACAGCAGCUGCCUGCUUAUGCUACUAUUGCCAGGCAUCAUCACUUCCAGCAGCAGCAGCAGCAGCAGCAGCAACAGCAGCAGACUUACUUUUCUUCAUCCUUGUCUGCAUGUGUGGUUCCUGCUGCUGCAGCUUCAAUGUUUCACACAUUACCACGGCUGACGAUGGACCAGCAUCAGCAUCCCGUGCUGCCCAUGGCCACAGUAGCAAACACCACAACAACAAGCAGCAGCAGCAACAUGUCCUCUUCAGAUGCAGGCUACUACUCGCACGACACAGCGUCUGACGCAUCGAUUGGCGUGCCAAUACCACAACAACAACGACAACAACAACAACACCGUGGAUGUCGCAGUUCCAGCGAGGCCUCUGUAGUGACAGUCAUUGAGGCGAGUGGCGUCCUCGUGGGCGCCACUAGUUCAGCAGCAGCGAGCAGCAGCCGCCGUGCGCCGAAGGCCCUGACAGGACUGGACUUGGCCCAUAUUGUGGACCAGCAGGGAUGGAGUAGUGCUACUGCCAGCAGUAACAAUAAGGACCUGCUGGAUGGCAGUUUGCAGAGGAAGAUGGCCAGCUUGUUUCACACAUUACCACGGCUGACGAUGGACCAGCAUCAGCAUCCAGUGCUGCCCAUGGCCACAGCAGCAAACACCACAACAACAAGCAGCAGCAGCAACAUGUCCUCUUCAGAUGCAGGCUACUACUCGCACGACACAGCGUCUGACGCAUCGAUUGGCGUGCCAAUACCACAACAACAACAACAACAACAACAACACCGUGGAUGUCGCAGUUCCAGCGAGGCCUCUGUAGUGACAGUCAUUGAGGCGAGUGGCGUCCUCGUGGGCGCCACUAGUUCAGCAGCAGCGAGCAGCAGCCGCCGUGCGCCGCCUGAGGGCAAAGAGGCGGCCUCUUCUGUGCUCUACUAUGCUGCUGGUUUUGAGCCUGUGCAUUACGGCGACUUGAGGCGACAGGAUAAUAAUAAUCAUCAUCAUCAUCAUCAUCAGAGGAUGGUGGACUUGGUG